AUGUCUACUGAAUUCAAUGAAUUAUGCAGAGUUUGUUUAAACAAGAAAGACGAUAUGAAGUGUUUAUUAAAACCAACUGAUGACAUUUCAGAAUUACUUUCCAUGUUAUCCUUCAUCAUAAGUUUUGAGAUAAAUAUAUUGGAGGGUUUUCCAAGCUAUAUAUGUGUUAAUUGUGAAGAAAAAUUAAGAAUUUCCUACAACUUUCAACAAACAGCGAUAAAAUCACAACAUAUUAUAACAGAAUAUGUUGAUAAUAAAUUGCUUACUAUAGAAUUUCCUAUAAAGGAUGAAUACAAGGAAGAAAGUUCUGCACCAGAAGUAAUCGAAGAUAUAUCUAUUAUUUUCGAAAAUGAUAGCAACAGUUCAAGUGAGGAUGACAGCCAAGAAACGUUAAAAAAAGAAGUAAAGAAAACAAAACUAAGUCAGCAUGAUGCUGAGGAAGUCAUGAGUGUUGUAAAUGAGACAAGGUUGAAGUUUUAUGAAGCUAAGGAGUGCUUAUUUUGCUCAUUUACAGGCAUGAAUAAUAGGACAUUAUCUCUUCAUAUGACUAAAAAUCAUGGGGAUAUUAAAGAAAAGUGGUGUAGAAAGUGCAACAAAAUUGAAGACAACCUUUCAGAACAUAUAAAGACAGUGCACAAGGAUGAAUUAAAAUGCUCAUUUUGUGAUAAAAAAUGUAAAUCUUCAAGUCAUUUGGUAGAACAUUUGCUUUCUCAUUCAGCAAAUCCCCAAUUUACUUGUCAAACUUGUCAGAAGAAUUUUGUAUCAGAAAGACAACUGAAAGCUCACAACAAAAUUCAUAAAGUUACUUGUGAAGUAUGCUCAAAAACGUUUGAAGAUAAACACACUAUGUUAGCACAUACCAAAGUACACAGUAUGCUUAGAUGUAAAAAUAUAUACAAGUGUGACAUGUGUCCAUACACGUGCAGAAAAAACUAUACAUUAACAUUGCACAUGCGACAACACCAAGCCAACAGUUCAGACACAGUUAAAUGCGAUGGCUGUGUAGAGGUUUUUCCUAAUGAAGAUGCUCUAACUGAACAUCGAGAUGGUUGUACCAUGGUCUGUGAUGGUAAUGAAGCUACACAGUAUGAUGAAUAUUUAAAUGUUUAAAGUACUUCAAAGAAAAAUAUAUUAAUUAUUAUAUUUAUGAAGAUAAGUAACGGAAACUAGUAUGUAAGCUCAGUGAGUAUGAGCAGAUAAAAAAUUGCAACGAGAACAAUAAAAGUCGCCAUGAUAAGAAAAAAUAAAACGGAUGAACAACAGAAUAAAAGAGCAAAAUGAACGAAAAGAAAUCAAAACGAUGGAACAGUUAUUUUUUUUUUCUCUUUUUUUUUUCUCUUAUACGAUGGAAAGAAAUGAAUAAUGAGAUAAAGGAUGGGUCAUAAAAGUGAAUGAAGAUAGCGAGAUAAGUCAGAGUUAACGAUUUAGGAACGUGGAAUAUGUGGCAAAGAAGAGGUAAAGAAGAGAAAAAUUGAUAAAUUUAUGCCCACGAAGAGAUUAAAAAUGUUAGGUUAUGAAAAAGGUGGGGGAGAAAAAAAUAGAUGAUCAGACAAG